CAAAUCCUUCAUAUUAUGUCAUUGCUUGAAAGAAAAAUUUAUGCGAAAUUUCGUUUUUUUUUGUUUCAAUCAUCAUUUCGCUUUGUUUUUUUCUAAAAAGUGGAUUUUUCUCGUCAAGGAUUUUCCGAUCAUAAGAUAGAAGAAGAAAAAAACCUGGCUUCAACAACGGUUAAAGACAAUGAACUUAUACCAUUACAGCAGCAGCAACAACAGUCAUCAAAUUCGCGCGAAAUGUAUUCACCAACAACAACACCACAACAUUCAACAAUAUUAUCAUCUCCGGAAGGUUAUCCUAAUCAUCCACAAUCAUCAUCAUCAUCAACUUUACCAAAAAUUGAUAUUGCUGCAACAACUUCCAUACCACCACAGCCACAACCGCAAUCACCACAAUCAUCAAAUCCGAAUGCACAACGUGUUUAUGUUUGGGAUUGUUAUCGUUCAUUUUGUGUUUCCGAUAAUCGACUAAUGAAUCGUAUUAUAACAUGGGCUAUUAUUUUUUUCAAUGUUUUACUUUUUAUGAUGAGCGGAACUAUAUUAGGUAUCGGUAUAUGGUUAAUUGCUGAUCCAAAAUCAUAUGAACCAAGUCGUUUUUUGGAUACAUAUAAUGUAAUAUGGGCUGCAUAUAUAAUGAUUAUUAUUAGUAGCUUUACAUUAGCAUUAUCAAUAUUUGGUAUAUUAGCUGUUCGUUGGGAAAAUAUCUAUAUGAUUAUAUUGUAUCUUAUAUUUUUGCUAAUUUGUUUUGGUAUGCAAGUUGCAAUCGUUACAUUGGCCAUUAUGCGUGGUUAUGGAACAAGAUUAUAUAUAUUUGCUUAUAAAGAAUUAUUACGAGAGCUACAACAAUAUAAUUAUCAGGCUGAUUCACGUGCAUUUAUUGAUUUUUUUCAGAUAAAAUUACGUUGUUGUGGUGUUGAAUCAUUUAAUGAUUAUCCCCGUUAUGGUAUGGCUAUACCAAUAUCAUGUUAUAUGGCUGGAAAAACUUAUCUUAAUGAACAAGGAUGUGCAUUGGCAUUACGACGACAUUAUGAAUUACGUACGGCUGUUGUUGGAUUUCUUUGUUUUUUCAAUGGAUGGAUACAUUUAAUUAUUGCUAUAUUAAUAUUUUUUCUAUUAUUUUGUCGUAAAUAUUGAUAUCGAAACAACAUUCCUUCAUUUCAAUCAUUUCAAUGUUUUAUUUUUUAAAAAUUUCAAAUAAAUUAUACAUG